CUGAAAUGCCAAAACCUAGUAGAAGGUUGAGAUAUUUAUUUAGCGAAGAAACAGGCAUCGAUUACGUUUGGUUGGAGGACUUACCGAUAAAUCGAAGAACAGAGGAGUUGAAUGCUGAGAUAGUAAACUAUGUCUCGACCCAAAUUAGUGGUGUUUGACCUCGAUUACACGUUGUGGCCUUUCUGGGUCGACACACACGUUGACCCUCCUUUCCACAAGGAUGAAAGUGGAAGGGUACUGGAUUCAAGGAAUGAACACGUUACACUUUAUAAAGACACUACAGAGGUCCUGCAGUCUGUGUACAGUCAGGGCAUCAAGAUUGCCGUAGCCUCCCGGACAGGGGAGGUGGAAGGAGCCAAUCAGCUGCUGUCCCUUUACGAUCUCAACCAAUACAUUUCCUUUAAGGAGAUAUACCCUGGGUCAAAGGUCAAACACUUAAACAGGUUGAAGAAAGCCAGUGGAGUUCCCUACACAGACAUGAUGUUCUUUGAUGAUGAACACAGGAACAUUACAGACGUCAGCAGGCUGGGUGUGCACUGUGUGCUGAUUCGUAAUGGAGUUUCCUCUAACUUGGUCACCGAGCAGCUACAGCAGUUCUGCAGGAAGCACUGAGACCAGCUACCUCUGCUGCCACACUCAGAGUGGCCUGUAGGGGGCAGUAUUGAGACACAGUGAAGUGGUUGGAAGGUUACCACUGAUUCAAGAACCAUAAAUGAAGUCAGACAUUUAACAGCAACACACAAACAAGCAAAAAACACUUUUGAGAAAAACUUUUAAUCAAACGUGGCCCAUGCUUCAUUUUAGUUACUGUUCACCAAACAGCUGACACUUCAAUCUCUCACUAAUCCUUUUCCUCAGUCCACCACCAAAACGCGUACGUUGCAUGUACUGUUUCAGAAACCUCUGUGUCUCGUACCUCCUGGUGUGUGACCGUGUAUGGGAUCAUUGUGAGGGGUUAUUAUUUUAGAGUAACGUCCUGAACCGAGCACUGCAGGACUGUGUCACCCUGCCUUUCAGGACGGCUGUCGUGUGAGACGCCUUGGGUUCGUAGAGCUCUCGUAGGGCCUGUUACAGUUAUUAGCACAGCGCUAACCGAAAAAUUUAAUCUGAGAAAUUGUCUUUCUCAGUUCUGUUCAGUGUGUUUCAUUGUAAAGGCGGUGUGUUUUACUUCAUGUUUAAAUAUUGUACUUUAUCUGAGAGAAAAUGUGUGUUUUAGGCUAAAUGAAAUGAUUGUAAUCA